AUGUCUCUUUUUCAGAUCGCCUUUGACUACGCCGCGCCUUUCUUCCUCAUAAGCUCUCCUGUCACGUCCUAUGCCGACCAGAUCCUCAACAUUCAUCGCACAAGAAGCUCGGCUGGCUUCUCCUUGGACAUACCUUUGAUCAUGCUGAUUUCUUCCAUCUUGAAAAUUUUCUACUGGUUUGGCGAGCACUACUCAAGCACUUUGUUGACGCAAGCCAUUGUCAUGGUCGCGGUGCAGAUCACGAUGCUCAAGGUUGCACUCGACAAUCGCCCCUCCGCCGGGUUGCGAAAUGGAAUUGAGCACGCACCCUUCAGUGGUGGUAACUCUGAUGGUUCAUCCUCUAGACCCUACGAGUUUUGGCAGUGGAAGACCACCAAGCCAUACUGGAUGUUUUUGGCUUACUUCGUCGGAAUUUUGUUUGUCAUUCAUCUGACCCCGGUCGCUGAAUUGCCAUUCUAUGUCAGUCUCAUUGGCUACCUCGGGCUUGCCGUCGAAGCUACUCUCCCUGUCCCUCAAAUCAUUGCCAACCACCGAUCUGGCUCGUGCAAGGGCUUCCGACUCUCCGUUAUUGCGGCAUGGAUUCUUGGUGACGUCAUGAAAAUGAGUUACUUUUUCAACAGCACAGAGACUAUCCCAUGGUCGUUCAAGCUCUGUGGUAUCUUCCAGUGCGUGUGCGACUUCUACCUGGCCUUCCAGUUUUAUUACUUCACUCGAAACAUCCCCUCUCAAACUCUAUCCCAUCCAGUCUCCAACCCACACUCCCAGACCGCAGGUGAGUCUAUGGAGCACAAUGGCCGCUGGGGUCAUCACGAGAAGGAUAUUCGCAUGGACUAA